AGACAACAAAGCAUUCGACAACUCAUACACACACGUUCUUGACAUCACCAACACCAUCUACUCAAUUCCAACCCCUCCUAAACCAUUACAGCAAAAAUGCAGUUCACCACCUUCCUCGCCGCUGCUGCCGCCCUCGCUUUCGGCGCUAACGCCAACGCCGUCCCCCGUGACGGUGCCCGUCUCGCCCAGUUCCGUAUCUUCAGUGCUGAGGGUUGCAGCGAGCUGAACCAGGGUUUCUACACCGUCGACGCGUCCGACGCCAACGCUUGCAAGACCUUCGAUGGCGGGCCCACUUCCCCCGUUGUUAAGUCCGUCGUCUUGGAGGCUAUGAACAGCCCCGCCGCCGACAGCUGCAGCUUCUACGUCUUUACUAACAACAUCUGCACCUCUGGCACCACACGUCUCGAGACUAGCGCUUGCAGCAACGUGCCCCCGCCCAACGCCAACUGGGCAUCGUGGAAGAUUAUCUGCUCUGAUGUCUAGUUCCGUUCGUC